UCUCUCGUCAUAGCAAACCAAUGUAGUUCGACUGUGGCGGUGAAAGCUUGUUGCGAUGAAGAUGUGUGAGCAGGCGGCAGAGUAUUUUCACAGUCUGAGUCACAUAAAGAAUAAAGAUGCUGCCGAAGUUAGAUGGUCUCACGCAGUGAACAGCAGGAGCACACUGGCCAAGGCACUCAACGGUCCCACCCAUAUGAUUGAAGCUGACAUAAUCAUGAGGGGUCAUGACCCUAAAGAGCCAAUCAUGGCCCACCCCCCUGACACUGACAGUGACAUCACACUGAAGGAGUGGCUUAAAGCGGUCCGGCUUCAUCCAAAGGGUGUCAAACUGGACUUCAAGAGCCUGGAGGCUCUGUCUCUCUCCACCGCUCUGUUGCAGGAGGGGCUGUCUCAGAUCCCUUGUCCUGUGUGGAUCAAUGCUGAUGUCCUCCCAGGGCCUGGAGGUGAACAGACCCCAUUGGAGCCUCGAGCUUUCCUGGCUGUUGUGAGGACUCUUCCCAGUAACAUUGUGCUCUCUCUUGGCUGGACCACCAACUGGGCUGCUGGGAUUGAUAAUCCAGGUUACAGUUGGGACAUGAUGCAUGAGAUGGAGGACAUAUGCGGUGGCCUUCAAAAUCUGGUCACAUUCCCAGUGCGUGCGGCUCUUCUGGCCAAGUCCUUUCCUCAGCUUUCAUGGUUGCUGCAACAGUCCAACAGGUACUCUCUAACAGUGUGGACAGGCCAGAAUGACGAGUUCACAAUACAGGACCUUCUUCCUUAUAGAACCCAGAUGGAUGUCAGCAGAAUCUGCUAUGACCUACCAGAGAGUAUAAGGACAGAGCUCACAAACGCUUGACAAGAUGGUAUCUGGACUUCAUGAUGUCAUUUAACAAGGACUGUUUCAAAAAUGGAUUUAUUUGGCAGAGGAGAGAGUUCAUCUAGUCUGUUUGGAAGUUUUACUGUAUAAUAUUUAUUUAUUUAUUAUUUAUUUAUAACAUUAUAAUAUUUAUAUGCUAUUAUUAUAUUUAUAUGCUUUAUCAUGACUGCACACUCUUGCAUAAGUAUAACGUAUGUGUGAUGAGAUGGUGCUCAUCUAUUUGUAAUAAAAGAAUAAUCAAUCUGUA